AGACAGGAAAUAUUUUGUGAAUGUGUGUGUGUGUGUGUAGGCUUGUGUAUUUAGGGACGUGUUUCUCCUCGCAUUGCCGCUCUCUGCUCAGACGUGUCUGGUACCUGCACCUUCUCCCUGUCCAAGAAUGCUCCACUUUAAGCCAGCUCCGGGUCAGUUCGGUCCAGAGGUGCGGGACCCUGGUCUUUGGGUAUGGAGGGUGGAGAAGAUGAAGGCGGUGCAGCUGGAUCCCUCUGAGGUCGGAGCCUUUUUUAACGGAGACUCCUACCUGGUGCUGGAUAACCGGGGCGACCAGGGCGCUGACCUCCACAUGUGGAUCGGAGAGAAGUCCUCUCGGGACGAGCAGGUAGCCUGUGCCAUGCUGGCCACCCAGCUGGACAACUUCCUCGGCGGUGACCCCGUCCAGCACCGGCAGGUUCAGGGCUUCGAGAGCCCCGAGUUCAUGGAGCUCUUCCCCAGGGGCGUCAGCUACAAGGACGGCGGCGUAGAGUCGGGUUUCAGGAGGGCACAGGGCGGUGGGACGGUGCAGAGGCUGUACCAGAUCAAAGGGAAACGCAACAUCCGUGCCAAGGAGGUGGAGCUGUCCUGGAGCAGCUUCAACAAGGGCGACUGCUUCAUCCUUGACCUCGGAGAGACAAUCCUGUCGUGGACCGGAUCGCAGGCCAACAUCUUCGAGAAGCAGAAGGUGCGCGAGAUCGCUUCGCUGAUCCGAGACACGGAACGACACGGAAAAGCCCGCGUCGUGGACACCUGUGAGGGGGAAGAGCCUGAGGAGAUGCUGAAGGUGCUGGGUCCAAUGCCAGCGUUGGCAGAAAGCACGCCUGAGGAGGACAACAAAGCAGACGCUUCCAACUCUGCAUCCCUCUACAAGGUAUCUGACGCCACAGGCUCCAUGACGACGACCAAGGUUGCAGAGAAGAGCCCGUUUGCCAAGGAGCUGCUGGUCCGGGACGACUGCUUCAUUCUGGACAACGGAGCAAACGGAAAAGUCUUUGUCUGGAAAGGUCAUGGAGCGAAUGCACAGGAGAAGAAUGCGGCCAUGCAGAUGGCGGACAGCUUCAUCGACCAGAUGAAGUACCCCAGAAUGAAAACACAGGUGGAGAUCCUGCCUCAGGGGAAGGAGACCAUCAUCUUCAAGCAAUUCUUCAAGAGCUGGAACUGAACCUCUCACUGGGAACCCCGCAGCAGAUCCUGCAAGGCCGAAAUCAGACGGCGUCAGACUUAAAACGCAUGUUUUUUUUUUUUUACGUUCUGCAUCCUGGUGUUUGUACAUAUCUGAAGGUUAACGUGCAAGUUUUGAAAUUUGGUAGAAUCAGAGAUGUGAUGGCACUUUUAUAAAAAAAAUAAACUAAACUAAACGAAAAGCAAAAACAGACGUAUUUCCUGUGGUGAGAGUGUGAACAAAUCAAAAGGAUAUUAUGAUUAAAAGAAGUGGAUUUUUUUUUAUAGAUUAUGUAUUUGUUCUACAGUGUCUGAAAUAGAAGAAUAAACCUGAAAGUUCUCCGUG